AGAGGCCGUCAAGCUUUUUUAGCUGCCACGACGUCUGUGCAUCGCACCACGCUGUGCCUCAACAUGCCCGAGGAGCAGCGUGGUGCGAUAAGAAAAGACCGGAGCACUUGGGGUGGGGAUGGGCUGUAGAAAGAUGGAUGGGGGACACGUGUUUAAUAGCUGUGCGUGUGAUUGGGAAAUAACCCAGGUGAAAUAAGCAGUGGGUGCGUCUGUGAAUGAUUGGGACGGGGAUCUGCAGUCUUGGACAAGUUGAGAGUGAGAGGCAGUGACUGCCAGCAGUGGGUGAUGGAGGCAGGUAGAGUUGGUGAUAGAUUCACACGGCUAGCAAAAGGCUCAAGAUUCCAGGAUGGGUCACGGGAGUCUACAGACAAAUUCCAUCUCGGAUGCCACAAUGAAAUUAAAGCAACACAUCGCAUUGAGCCAAUUACCCAAAGAUGGAAUUACAGGACAUCAUGAGAUAUCUAAAACUACACAAACUUUUAAAUUUUACCAGGCAAGGCUCACUGAGCUAUGUGGCUCUUUGUCAGUAGCGACCUGGCUAUUACAAAUGAGAGCACAAUGAAGCGGCUUGUGUGGAAAUUGAUUGCAGCCAAAAACUAAAAACGCGUGAUGUUGAUUAUAAAUGUAGAGGGGACAAUCGGAGGACCCAGAUACAAAUUCACGCUAUCAAGGGGAGACAGAUAGAGAGACACAAACUCUAAAUAUAAAGCAGUCAUAAGGCGAGAGAGAUAACUUCUCCUAGAGACUGUGGCAUGCAACCCAUUGCUCUGUCUUACCAUAGACAUAAACUUGUGCGCUAAGCUUUGGAAGGAUAACUUUAUCUCUCGAUGCUCAUUUCACGAAUCAGCCAUCACAGCUGAACCUCUACGACUUAUAUUAGCAACUAUUUUUUUUUAAGUUCCUCUGAUACAUUUUGUUCAUGUAGCGGUGUGUACAGUAUCCGUGUUUAGGCUGCUGUUUGCGCACCUCGGGGCGCGGGUUCACAUUCCAGGCAGUGUCUCGUGAUGUCAGUGACGACAAUUAAAAUAUUGUAAGCAUUUUACUUCCUUCACCGUCGCUAUAAGAGAGAGGUCCUGGUCCAGCGUCUCUCUGAGCCACACAGCGAGCGAUCACAGCGAAGCCCAUGGGUCAUGGCGAGCGCGACUCCAAGUGAGAGUGCGGAUAGUGAGCUGCGCUGCCCCAUCUGCCUGGACACGUUCGACUGCCCCUCUACACUGAGCUGCGGACACUCGUUCUGCAUCCGGUGCCUGGAGGCCACCUGGGAGACGGCGAGCAGCUUCAGCUGCCCGCAGUGCCGAGCGACCUUCCCUGUGCGACCUCAGCUGAUGAAGAACGUGGCCCUCGGGAAACUGGUGGAGCAGCUCAGAGUUGGAGACGGGAUGGCCGUAGCCGUCGUCAUGUGUGACAUCUGCGGUGAUGGCCACACUCCUGCAGUGCAGACCUGCCUAAGAUGUGAGAUGUCCUACUGUGCGAUGCACGCGAGGCCUCAUGUAGAGAAUCCCAGGCUGAGAGACCACGUCUUGGUGUCUCCCACUGCGAACCUGGAGGAGCGACGGUGCCGGGAGCACAGACAGGAGCUCAUUCUUUACUGUGUGCAGGACGAGAGCCCGGUCUGCCCAGUCUGCCCCGUGGCAGGAGACCACUCCAGGCACAGGGUCAUCACGGUGGAAAAAGCACAACAGACAAAACAGGUGAAGUGUCAUGUUCUGUUGUAAUCCACAUUGUUACAGGAGGUUGAGAGAUUCACAUCAGCAGGUCAUGACCCCUCACCUCGAGCAGGUGAGCUCCUGUUGAGACCAAACGCCCCUUUACAGGGAGACCCAGGUAGAGGUAGCAGGGAGGCUCAGAUGUCGGAAUGCUAAUGCUGAAUUGGAAUCUAGUCGGUCGCCCAUGGUUUUAACUGGAUUCUCAUAUUUAUUGAGUUGAUGGUUUAAGCCCAGUCAACAUUUGACAGCAUGUCAAAUCAUAUUUUGCAUGAUAAUUCAAAAUAUGAGUUUGAUUAAGUGAGAAACGUUAUGAUUGCGAUAAGCCACUACACCCAUAACUUGAAGAGGUUUAAACAUAUUUUAGAAUGUACAUGAUAUUUGUCGAUGUUAUCUCACAGGAUAUUGUAUUGCCCCAUGGUAGUUCCCAUUAAAUUAUUCGGGGAGACGUAUGCAGAAAUAUGACAACAGAUGUGGUGUGUAUGCGUUUUGAACUUAUGAGACCUCGUUUGCCAGAAACAAGAUAUAGGAAUAGGUUUUACCCUUUUAACUGGCACAAAAACUGACACCUUUAUUCAAGGU